CUAUUUUUUUUAGGGGAUACUAGUAUCAUUAUUAGUAUUGGGCAAUGAAAACCUUCCAACAUCUAUAUAUACCUCUUACUCCUAAAGCUUAAAACACACCAAAUAUACUGGUCCUAAAUCUCCCAAAGUUUUAGGACCUUUUUAAGCAAAAAGAAUGACUAGGAACAAGGUGAAGCUUGAGUAUAUAGCCAAUGACUCAGCAAGGAAAUCAACCUUCAAGAAGAGAAAGAAGGGGCUGCUGAAGAAGGUGGAGGAGCUGACCACCCUAUGUGGGGUAGAUGCUUGUGCCAUCAUCUACAGCCCUUACGAUGCACGUCCUGAGGUCUGGCCGAGUCAGGUUGGGGCACGCCGCGUGCUUGCAAGGUUCAUGAACCUCUCCCAAGAGGAACAGGAGAAAAAGAUGUUAGACCAGGAGACCUAUCUGAGGCAAAGGAUUGCGAAAGCGAGCCAGCAGUUGGAGAAGAUAAGGGAUGAGAACAGGGAAAGGGAGAUGUCUGAACUGAUGCAUCAGUGCCUUGGUGGAGUGACUAGCCUUGAGGAGCUGAGUUUGAAGGAUACAAUGGAUUUGUGCUUGGUGGCUGAUAAGACUUUAGAGCUUAUUGAUAAAAGAAUCGAGUUUCUUCACAAGACUGAAGAAGAUGAUGAUGAUUAAAUUGCAAUAUGUAUGCAUGACAGUAUAAAUGUAUAAUCCUUCCUAUGAUCAAGGAUCUACAUAAAUUACGCACAACUUUUGG